CUGGAGAGUCCCGGGCUGAGCCGAGCCGGCAGCGUCUGCAGGACGCGGAUCUCUGGGGAUCCCACGCGGACGCGUCUCAUCCACAGGUGCCCUAGAGCCUGGGACAGAACCCAGGAGUCCUGGCUCCCAGCCCCCCCCCCCCCUGCUCUAACCACUACACCCUGCUCCCUUCCCAGAGCCAGGGAUAGAACCCAGGAGUCCUGGCUCCCAGACACCCCCCCGCUCUAACCACUACACCCUGCUCCCUUCCCAGAGCCAGGGAUAGAACCCAGGAGUCCUGGCUCCCAGCCCCCCACCCUGCUCUAACCACUACACCCUGCUCCCUUCCCAGAGCCAGGGAUAGAACCCAGGAGUCCUGGCUCCCAGCCCCCCACCCUGCUCUAACCACUACACCCUGCUCCCUUCCCAGAGCCAGGGAUAGAACCCAGGAGUCCUGGCUCCCAGCCCCCUACCCUGCUCUAACCACUACACCCUGCUCCCUUCCCAGAGCCAGGGAUAGAACCCAGGAGUCCUGACUCCCAGCCCCCCACCCUGCUCUAGCCACUAGACCCUGCUCCCUUCCCAGAGCCAGGGAUAGAACCCAGGAGUCCUGGCUCCCAGACACCCCCCCUGCUCUAACCACUAGACCCUGCUCCCUUCCCAGAGCCAGGGACAGAACCCAGGAGUCCUGACUCCCAGCCCCCCCUGCUCUAACCACUACACCCUGCUCCCUUCCCAGAGCCAGGGAUAGAACCCAGGAGUCCUGGCUCCCAGCCCCCCACCCUGCUCUAACCACUACACCCUGCUCCCUUCCCAGAGCCAGGGAUAGAACCCAGGAGUCCUGACUCCCAGCCCCCCACCCUGCUCUAGCCACUAGACCCUGCUCCCUUCCCAGAGCCAGGGACAGAACCCAGGAGUCCUGGCUCCCAGCCCCCUACCCUGCUCUAGCCACUAGACCCUGCUCCCUUCCCAGAGCCAGGGAUAGAACCCAGGAGUCCUGACUCCCAGACACCCCCCCCACCCUGCUCUAACCACUAGACCCUGCUCCCUUCCCAGAGCCAGGGACAGAACCCAGGAGUCCUGGCUCCCAGACACCCCCCCGCUCUAACCCAUUAGACCCCACUCCCCUCCCUGUGCUAGAAACCGAACCUGGGAGUCCUGCCCCGCCGAUGCUCCUCCUGCAGAAGAACCCGGGUCCCUUGUGCGCCAACACCACCCAGCUGCAGGAGGACGGCAGCCCGGUGAUGAGCUCCUUGAUGUUCUCCGCCGGCGUGGCCGGCAACGUGGUGGCGCUGGCCAUCCUGGGCGUGCACCGCAAGGAGCUGCGUACCAAGUCCUCGGCCUUCUGCAUCCUGGUGACCGGCCUGGCCGCCACCGACCUGCUGGGCACCUGCUUCCUCAGCCCCGUGGUCUUUGUCAGCUACGCCCGCAAUGCCUCCCUGCUGGGCCUGGCGGAGGGCGGGCGGGGCCUGUGCCAGCUCUUCGCCUUUGCCAUGACCUUCUUUGGCCUCGCCUCCAUGCUCAUCCUCUGCGCCAUGGCGGUGGAGCGGUGCCUGGCCAUCAGCCACCCCUACUUCUACUCCCAGCAUAAUGGGCGCGGCUGGGCCAAGCUGGCGCUGCCGGCCGUCUACGCCUUCAGCGCCCUCUUCUGCUGCUUGCCCUUCCUGGGCGUGGGACAGCACAAGCAAUACUGCCCCGGCACCUGGUGCUUCGUGGAGAUGGCGACCCGCGGGCCGGGCACCGCCGCCUUCUCGCUCACCUACGCCACCCUCAUGGCCUUCCUCAUCCUCGCCAUCUUCCUCUGCAACGGCUCCGUCAUCGUCAGCCUCUGCCAGAUGUACCGCAAGCAGCGGGCCCGGCGCGGGUCCCUGGGGCUGGCCCAGCGCCGCAGGAAAAGCUGGUUCAGCCAAGGCGAGGAAGAGGUGGAUCACCUGGUCCUGCUGGCCCUCAUGACUAUCAUCUUCGUCAUCUGUUCACUGCCCCUCACGAUCCGUGCCUACAUCGGCGGCCUGGCCCCGGACGAUUAUGAGAAGGGCGACAUGGUAGCCUUUCGCUUCAGCGCCCUCAACCCCAUCCUGGACCCCUGGAUCUUCAUCCUGUUCCGUAAAGCCGUCUUCCGCAGCCUGCGCACGCUGCUCUGCUGGCCCUGGGCCGGGCACCGGAGCCCGGAGCCCCGCAGGCUGGACAGCGUCCCCUUCCAGGCCAACUUCUCCUGCUGA